UUGGCUGUGACAGCGAGCUGCUGAUCCCCCCGUUGCUUCUUGCGACUAAGCCCUAAGGGCUAAGGUUUCUACAUUUUCAAUGGCACUUGUGGUGAUGUGUGGCCAGCCAUGCAGCGGCAAGUCAGAGGCUGCAGCUUGUCUCACUGCCGCUCUUCGCUCCUCCAUGACCGACAUCACUGUCCGCGUCAUUGACGAGUCAUCUCUUCAUCUUGGGCGCAAUGAUAGCUACAAAGAUAUGGUUGUGGAGAAAAACUUAAGAGGAGUUCUGAGAUCAGAAGUUGAUAGGUCUGUGUCACGGGACAGCAUAAUCAUCGUGGAUUCUUUGAACAAUAUUAAGGGUUACCGAUAUGAGUUGUGGUGUCUUGCACGUGCUUCGGGAAUAAGAUAUUGUGUGUUCUUUUGUGAUACAGAAGUGGACCAUUGUAGGGAAUGGAAUGUCAAGCGUCAGGAGAAAGGAGAACCCUCAUAUGAUAGUAAUAUAUUUGAAGAUCUGGCGAGGAGAUUUGAGAGGCCUGAUAGGCGUAGCCGCUGGGAUUCUCCUCUCUUUGAAUUAUUUCCAUCUAGAGAGGGGAUUGUGGAAUCGUCCCCUGUUAUUGCUGAGGCUGUGUCAUAUUUGACUAAGAAGGUGGAUUCAAAAACAAGAGACGUGAAAGUACUCCAGCCUACAAUAGCCACUCAGUCGGUACGGACUACUGAGGCCAAUUCCCUCUAUGAGAUGGACAAAGCAACACAGGAGGUAGUCAGUGCAAUUGUUGAGGCGCAGUCUGGUCUUGGGCUUGCCAUGAAUAAGAUUUAUCUUGGGCCUAACUUGCCAACUAUUAAUCUUCAAAGAUCGGUUGGCCUGCCUGAGCUACGGAGCCUCCGGCGCACUUUCAUCAAGCUGGCAGGGCAGUACAGCUUGAGUGGACCACCCCCACCAACAGAUGCUGAUAGCGCAAAGAGGAUGUUUGUCAACUAUUUGAACCGAGAAAUUGGUGUGUGAUGGUUCUCUCAUAUCUGACGAGUUAGUCCUGCAUUUGAUGUACAUCCAAUGGACAAAAUACUUGAGCAAAAAAGGUGAUUGGUGACAUGAUCUUCAUCAGGCUUCUUUCAGGGCGGGUAAAGAUAUAGUUAGCCUUGCCUGAACUUCGCCUCAAGUAUUCUCAUCCUGGAAUGUUACCAGGCUGUGCUACCUCUUGUACCAUUUAGUAGUUUUGGCCAGCGUGACAACAUGUAAACUACAUAGUUGGGUAAUACUACCAAAUAAUUUAUGCGAUUGUUUAAGACUUGUGACAACAUAUCUGAAAAUUGGCUACAGAUUAUGUGUCCA